AUGGGUGUGCUCGAUAUGAAUCCAUCUCUACUUAAUUUGGACAGUGUAAUGAAAACAUAUCUGGUAGAAGAUGAAGUUCGUGUUGAAGAGUUCACUAAGUUUGUUACACAUUUAGUGAACUUCACUAUGGAAGACUACGCUGCAAAGUAUUCAUGUGGAUUAUUUGAGAUAAGGGGGAUACUGUGUAGGCAUAUUUUAGCCAUUUUCAAAGCUAAUGGUAUAAAAUUAUUGCCAGACCGGUUCAUAUUAUAUAGAUGGAGGAAGAACAUCAAGAAGAGAUACACGUUAAUCCAUAUCAACUAUGAUGCAGGGGAUCAGAGGCCAGAUGGUAAUAGAUAUUCAAGUCUGUUGAAUAUAUGUUAUCAGAUGAUAACUUAUGCAGCGGCUUCCAAUGAGCAGUUUGAAAAUGCCAAAAAGAAGUUAUAUUCAAUGAUUGACUUAUACCGUGAGAACCAACACCCCCCAUCUUUGACCCAAGCAGGUUCGAAUGCAACGAGUUGUUCUGCGCCCCUUACAUGUUCGAAUGCUGGUUUUACGAUACUGGACACAACUGCACUUGGUAGUUCACAACAAGUACUCAGUCCAAAUGUUGUGAGAGGGAAAGAAAGACCCCCAUCUUUGAGGAGAGUAUCUAGAAUGGAAAAAGACAUGUGGAAGGUUAAAGCCAAGCAGAAGAAAGCAUCAGUCAAAGGGAAACGUAAACAGCGAGAUGGAGAAGAUAUACCAGUCCAGGACACAUGCAGAAAUUUAUUUGGCCCAUCAGAAGUAGAUAUCACCCGUCUUGGAGAAGUGUAG